AAACGAUAGUUGCUACACGAAAACUUAUAUCUAACCCAUCUAUUUUAUCAUCUCUCCUAGUCUCCCCUUUUCCCUUGUUGUCUCUCUUCUUCUUAUCCCCUUUUCCCUUUCUUUUCUGCUUUUCAAUUUCAAUUUCAAUUUCAUUCACGCAAUUAUAACUCCAUUGCAACUCAUGAAGAUCGUAUGUUGAUAUUUUCUGAGGAGGUUGAGCCACGCACCAUGUAUUUGUUGUGGGCCCCACAUCAUAUGUAUUCUCUCUUUGACCAUAUUCAGACUCCACUUCUCUACUCUCAUUCUUCAGUACUGCAAUCUUUUCAUAUUCGAAACCACAAAUAAUUGAUCUUCAUCUUCAUCUUCAUCUUAAUCUGCAGUUGCUGGAAAAGAAGUGAAGAUUAUAUUGCAUUUCAUUUCUGGCGAAGACGAUAAUGAGGUUGAGUCGUCCAUUAAUUGUUAGAGAACACUGCAAAUUAGGGUUUUCAAAUCUCAAUUUCCACCUUUCUCUCUUCCAUCAAAUGCUCUCUUUUCGCCCUCUUCCUUCUAUAAUCGAUUUCAAUCAGCUCUUCACUGCCAUGUCCAAAUUGAAACACCUUCAACCUCACUCCAUCAUUAUCUCUCUCAUCAGAAACCUUGAAUUGUCAGGUAUUCGACCCGAUAGGCACUCUAUUGGUAUUCUCACCAAUUGUUACUGCCAUUUGGGCCGUGUCGAUUUCGGCUUCUCUCUUCUCGCCAAAAGACUUAAGCUUGGUUACCCCUUUGAUCGUGAUUGUGUUAUUUUUACUACCUUAAUCAAUGGCUAUAUCCACUGUGAUAAGUUUCCUCAAGCUCUUCAAUUGCUAGAUCAAAUUGUUAAGCUAGGUUUCCAACCCGACAUUGUUACCUAUGGUGCUAUUUUCAAAGGUCUUUGUCGGAUUGGUGACAAUGCUGCUGCCCUUCACUUGCUUAAGAGGAUGCAUUCUGGUUGUUGCAAACCAACCUUGUUAUAUAUAACACCAUUUUUGAUAGUCUUUGUAAGGAUAGGCUGUUGA